UAUCCUUUCCACAUCCUUCUCCUUGAAAAAGAAGCUCUAACCGCAUUUUUAGCCGUCAUGUCCGGCCGUGGCAAGCAGGGAGGCAAAGCUCGAGCCAAGGCCAAGUCGCGCUCCUCGCGCGCCGGCCUCCAGUUCCCGGUGGGCCGGGUGCACCGCCUGCUGCGCAAGGGCAACUACGCCGAGCGGGUGGGGGCCGGCGCGCCCGUGUACCUGGCGGCCGUCCUCGAGUACCUGACCGCCGAGAUCCUGGAGCUGGCUGGCAACGCGGCCCGCGACAACAAGAAGACGCGCAUCAUCCCUCGCCAUUUGCAACUAGCCGUGAGAAAUGACGAAGAGCUCAACAAGUUACUCGGGGGUGUCACCAUCGCUCAGGGCGGCGUGUUGCCCAAUAUCCAGGCUGUCUUGUUGCCCAAGAAAACGGAGAGUCACAAGCCUGGCAAGAACAAGUAACUAGGCUGGGCACCAUCCCCUCACCCCAAAGGCUCUUUUAAGAGCCACCAAAAGUGUCAAAUGAAGGGCUGAUCACAAGUAGCGCAUUAGCUCUUUUUUUGAAAACUUGGGUGGCUCUAAAAAGAGCCUUUGGUCUUUGGUUGGUUUAGCUUGUCAGCGUUUAUUUGCUUUUGGCUUUGUGGCUUUCGGUUUUCUUUGGUAACAACACGGCCUGGAUGUUGGGCAGGACGCCGCCCUGGGCGAUGGUCACUUUGCCCAGCAGCUUGUUCAGCUCCUCGUCGUUGCGGAUGGCCAGCUGGAGGUGGCGGGGGAUGAUGCGCGUCUUCUUGUUGUCGCGGGCCGCGUUGCCAGCCAGCUCCAGGAUCUCGGCGGUCAGGUACUCGAGCACCGCCGCCAUGUAGACGGGCGCGCCGGCCCCCACCCGCUCGGCGUAGUUGCCCUUGCGCAGCAGGCGGUGCACCCGGCCCACCGGGAACUGGAGGCCAGCGCGCGAAGAGCGCGACUUGGCCUUGGCGCGGGCCUUGCCUCCCUGCUUGCCACGGCCGGACAUGACUAAACCGAGCGUUUAAACCAGCAGAAACGUCAGAUUUCCCCACUAGAUUGAAAAAGCACCAAAAAGAAACCCUUUAUAAGCUUUCCUAGGGGUGGGGUCAGGAGCGAGGUUUUCAUUGGUCCUGAUUUGGCUCCAGAAACGGCCAAUAAGAUCGAGAGUCGUGAUUGUUACGUAGGUUUUGCUGAAAACGCAAGGUCCCUACAUGGACCAAUGAAAGGGAAGGACUUUUUGAGCCCUAAUUUGCAUAAGGUGGUUAUAAAAGGAUCAGGCCCGCCCAUCCCCUUAAUUCUUUCCUUUGCUGAGCCCUGUUGGCUCCGUGUUUUACCAUGCCUGAACCCGCCAAGUCCGCUCCGGCCCCCAAGAAGGGCUCCAAGAAAGCCGUCACCAAGGCCCAGAAGAAGGACGGCAAGAAGCGCAAGCGCAGCCGCAA